AUGUACAGCGACAACGCCACGAACUUCGUGGGAGCGAGCAACGUGCUCAAGGAUCUGAGCGCAGCGUUUCACCGCAGUCAGGAACAGUUGAGAGGAUACGCGGCUCACAGAGGCGUCGAGUGGUAUUUCAUACCGCCGAGGUCACCACACUUCGGAGGACUGUGGGAGGCAGCAGUCAAGGCCGCCAAACACCGGCUGCUGCGAGGAGUCGGCAACGCCAAGCUGACAGCGGACGAGCUCAGCACCCACCUGGUCGAGCCUCUAAUCACGCUGCCGCAAGAGUCCGGCACAGGCGGAAUCUCCAGAAAGGCCAGUUGCGGAUAUUUGAGGCGGUGGCGAAUGCUGUCCGAUCUCAAGCAGCAGUUUUGGGCCAGCUGGUCCAAGGACUACAUCGCCAGCCUGCAGCAUCGCAACAAGUGGUGCGUCGAGGGCCGCGCUCUGGAGGUCGGGUGUCUGGUGCUCGUGCACGAGGACAACAUGCCCCCGCAAAGGUGGCUUACAGGCCGCGUGGUGGCAACAACAGUCGGUGAGGACGGAAGAGUGCGUGUGGCGGAGGUACGGACGUCAGGAGGCGUCAUCAAGCGCGCCAUCCACAAGCUGGCAUUGCUGCCAGUAAGCAACGCUCCUAACGAGGAGGUUAAAGCGCCGGAGGCCUUCAACGGGGCCGGAAUGUUGGAGCAGUAG